UCUGGCACAGUCAAUGCCUUCGAUCGCUCUGGGAUAUCGUUACUACACUUACCUGGGACAUUGUAUAAAAUAUCAAGGGAACGUCCGUUCACAGGAGUUGCUAGAAUUUCAAUUAACAUCUAAUCCUAGCAUAUUGGACUUUCUGAUCCCUCGCUCUGUAGCCAGGAUUGUAAUGUGGUACAAGUGAAACGUCUUGAUUACAACUAUCGACUAGGCGUGAUACAGACAUACAGUAGCAAUAUGUUCCAGCUACCCACAACCAAACUGAAGGUCUUCGUUGGCUUAAUUAUCAGUGUACUAGUUCUAGUAAUGUUGAGGUACAUCGAUUUCAUAGAUUUCCAAUUGUCUACGUUUUCCGGACGGAUGGCGAAUGAGCCCAGUUACCGUAUAAUUGGAAACCAAAGCUUGGAUACAUUGAAAAGGGUGGACAUUUUACAGAAAGUACCAGAAUACAUGGAGAUAACUACAUUAGGAAAUCUUAAAACCGUUGCUAACGCAAAAAACUCUUACAUUGAAAUAAGAAACAAAAAAACUCAAUAUCACAUCGGCGAUACAAUAGAAAUCUAUGUCCAGCUUCGUGACUCACGCAAUGAGGCUAUCACCAAAGGCGGAGAUGUUUUACGUAUAUGGAUGACAGAAAAAUCAUUAAAUGCCAGUACAGGAGGUUAUGUUAUCGAUUUCAACAACGGUUCAUUCCUGGGAAUCGUCAAGGCACUCUGGGUCGGUUCCCCUAAGAUCACAAUAGCAAUCGGUUGUACGAAAGAGCACAUAGGACUAUAUCUCAAUUUUCUUGAGAAAUAUGGAACUUAUUUUUUUGUAAUUGGUAUAUUUGAGAAAGAAAAUCACCCUGGAAACGCUGAAACACAAUGUACGUCAAUCCCUAAUUCACAACUUUUCACGGGAAAGGUCUGUAACUUUACAGCCGAAAAUUACAACAUGUCUUUCUAUUGUGAAAAACCAAAGGGAUAUGAGUGCAAAGAUUGGACAAAAUUCCGGUAUUUCAACGAGCAGCCUUCUGUGGAUAAAGCUACUUCUGUCUUCUUCAGUACGAACGUGUAUACAAAAAUUAAAGAAGUCACAGUCAAGAUUGGAGAAGACUUUCUCAGACGUCGAAAAGUCUUAUCCCCAGUCAAGACCUGCAGCGAUUUCCAAGCAUCUGAAACAUGGAACCGAAGUGUACCGGUUGGAUAUAUGUACGACAACAAAUGGAUCUCACUUCAGUGUUCCAUUGACUUUCCAAGAACUACACAGGCCUAUACAAGAUGCCUUACAAAAAUACCACUUAUAUAUAUUGGCGAUUCCACAACAAGGAUAUUUUUUGUAAAUAUGAUGAACUUCCUUAGCCUGAAGCUGGAUACUCCUGAAGUGAAAGAUAUGAAAGAGAAAUCAUGGCAGAGGCCUGUGCGUGCCUCGUCCCAAGACGGCGAGAUUACUAUUGAAUGGAUGCCUCACGAACAUCCAUUCGCAAGUUCAGGAUUUAGAAGAAAUUUACGUUCUGUAUCCGCUCGUCUUAGUGAAAUAGGAAGCAACCGUGAUGUUAUCAUUUUAAUACAUUGGUACCUUCACCCUGCUAGAUAUCUCAGUCCUGAGCUUUACCGGCAUCACGUGAAGAAUGCAGUGGUAGCCAUUAAAAGUCUAUUACAGCGUUCACCGAAUGCCAAGAUAUUAAUCAAAGGGCCACAUUCCCAUACGUACGCGCGUACACUUGUUCCGUAUGACUUUGUGGCAAAGAGCAUGGAGCAAGUAAUAUACGAAGAAUUUAAGGACAUACAUAAUUCAGUAUAUUACGUAGAUUACUGGGACAUAACACUAGGCACAGAGAAUGUGAACGCCCACCCACCAGACUAUGUGAAUAACAUCAUGAUUCACAACUUUUUGUCAUUUGUGUGCAAUACUUAAGAAACUACUUUUUCGUAACGAGUAAGAUCUUAACCUCCAUAUACGUGGUAAUUGUAUAUAAUGCGUUCAGUGAUGCAUUACCCCUUAACCGACAUAUUUAACAAGCUUCCAGCAGUUUGUUGAAAUAGUAUAAUGCCAUUUGUCUGAUACAUGUUAUAUGUAUAUCAUCGAUAACCAAACCUAACUGGAGGCUAAAAUCCCAAAGUCAAUAUAACAAAACAAGUGUGGUAAAGAAAUCCUAUGAAUUAUUUUUAAUUAUGCUAUUCGAUGUUGAGGUAAUCUAGCGAUGAAAUCGAUGUACAAACCCCUUUAUGUAGAAAACUUGAUUUUAUCAUUAUUUAAGCUGUAUUGCUAACAUACUUAAAUACCAUGCCAAAAACUCCAAUCGGUCAUAUUAUGCUGACAAUGAGUAAACCAGUUGUUUCGCUCACUCUAAGUCCUGGACGUCAACCAGGGAAUAACAACUGCAAUUGGAAGUAUAUAAGUAUGUCCAAGCCUGGGGAUGGAACCCACUGCCUACCUCACUUUGGCGAAUGUUCAACAUUAACACCAAAAGUGAGGUAUUGCCAAGCAAGGCAUUGGCAAAUAAAAGAGAAAAUAUAAAGACACUUAAUGUUGUAAUAGGGGCAUUAUAUUUCAAUUGUGGUUUCUUUAAUGUCCCCUAAGCAGAUGACGUAGAUGAACACACCCGAUUUUAAAAGCACCCCACAUUAGUCGCCUCUUAUGGCACGCAGUGGGAUUCAGCAGGCCUAUUCUUUCCCCGAGCCCACAGGAUCUGCAAAAUCUAUUCAUUGAACGUUUGGUUUACCAGCAACAUCACUUAGUUAGCUAGACAGGUUCACGAUUGGGUUCUUAAACUAAGUAUCGAUACAGAUUAAGGUGUGGAAGGAGAUGAUGACACUGACAAUGACAUGUCGCCACGACAUCGUUUCAGACAAGUUCCAAAGCACUCAAAUGAUUCUGGUAUGACUGUUUAAGGAUAUAUCGAAUAACAUUUUUUAAGAGUUAUUUAAGUAAACAAAAUAUCCACACACAAAUGUCACUACGCACUAACCAAUUACACAUCUAUUUGUAGCCAUGCAAUGCCUUUAUUGUCACUUAGAAGCCAUUCGUUCUUAAUUAUCAGCGCUGCGCAGUUGUACAUGAGGUCACAUAAUGCCUUUAUUGUCACAUAGAUGUCAUCCGUUUACAAUUAUCAGUGCUGCCCUGUUGAACAUGACGUCACAUACUGACUUUGAGACAUCUGGGUAUUUUCCGUAUACAAUUUUCAAAACAUCGACUUUAAUUUCAUUAUCCAAAUUCCCACUGAGAUAACAUUAUUACCUCCUCCUAUUCUUACAGUAUUCUUCGUACCAGGUGUGUUAUUACAUUCAACCCAUGCAGUGUCUAUUAAUAUUGACACUCGGGGCGAGUACCAGGUGUGUUAUUACAUUCAACCCAUGCAAUGUCUAUUAAUGUUGACACUCGGGGGAUUACCGGGUGUGUUAUUACGUUCAACCAAUGCAGUGUCUAUUAAUAUUGACGCUCGGGGCGAGUACCAGGUGUGUUAUUACA